GAAAAGUUUCCUCUCCUCCAAGUCAAAGUUAACUGGUUUGGUAUGUUUCAUUCUUGCCCUUCCGUUGACAGCUGGUGUCAUGGUUUGCUCCUGCAUAGGAAAUAGGUUAAUAGCUGCUCUAAAAGCCAAGCUUUCACACUCUUGCAAACACUAUUUGGCCUGCCCAUGCAUGCAAAUAGUCAACAGUCUCCAUUUACACUUCUCGCAAUGGAACAAGAUCAUGUGCCUAGGUAGAAGUAUCUUCUCAAUACAAACCCAGAAUUCCUUUAAAGCUUUAUUAUGGAAAUUCUUCAAUUUUACCCUUUACUAAAAGAGCAGGACCAUGCUCAAUUAUUACACUUGUUUGCAGUAGGAAACAGAACGACAACACGAUCUAGAAUAAUAUAUCUUUGGGCUCGUCUACACUUCUGUUUGUCCCAUGACUAGAAAGCUCAGUUUCCCCCUUGCUCUGUUCUUUCCCAGGGAAAACCCACCAUUUCAUGUCAAAUCAAUUGUCAAUGCAGAGAAAACCCGAACUGCCAUUUGCUCCAAUUGAGUGCUAAAGAGCAGUUUUCUCCAGGGAAAAGCAGCAGGGCAAGAGGAAAUGUAGAUGAGACCUAUGUCAUGUACUCACUUUUAUGCCUUGCUCAACUCAUUGUUGCUUACCCUUUCCACCCCAACUUUUUCUUACAUGAUAUUUAACAUAGAAUAUUAGAUCUAAUCAUUUUGAAGCAUAUUGGAGUAUAACGCCAUAUAACUGAUGACAAAAGUCAGUUACAGAAGUUCAUAUAGUGUCCAAUUCAUGAGAAAAUUGGGGGAGGAAAGUAUGGUCUAUGGAAAAACCCCACCUAUUCUUUUGCACUUUUUUCAUGUCAGCUAGCAGCCAUUGUUUCCCUGGUCCACUGCACAUAAAUCUAAGCUCACAUAAUCUGGAGCAUCUGCGGCCAGGAUUAGUCCAUGGGCCAACUUUAGGCUGUAUCUUCUAAGAACUGAGCUCAGUGAUACUACUAUUAGCUGGAUUGCUUAGGGUUAAAAUUUCCUGCUGUGUUAAAAUGUGAUUAUUUGUCUAACUAUUAGCAAGCAAAGAUCAAAGGAAUUCAUGCUGAUCAUAUCUAGUACUUUAUAAUCCACAUCUUCCUAUCCCCACUUAGCCUUGCAUAUUAAUACAGUACUGCCUGAUAAAACUUUUGUAUAUUUCCCUCCUCACUCCUAACUAGCCUUUAUAGCUUUAUUAAUGUGCAUUUCAGCUUUCUUGGCUGGCUCAUUUUACUGCUUUACUUUUACUAAUUUCUUAUCUGUACCGGUAAUGGCAUGCUUCAAUCGCUUCACCAUCAAAUAUGCGGAAUGUGUCCUUAAGAAGCCUCAUAGCUGAAAAUAGUUACUUCUUGAGAUCUUGUCAUUUUGCUAGAGUCACUCACGGCAUUAAGGUAAAGGCUCUUCUUUCUGUAAAAUCCCUCUUUUAGCAAAUCUGGAAAGAGAUGGUUCCCUCCACUAGUAUUUAGAAACCCUGGCAAAACCUUGACAUUAGUGAAGCCAAUUAAUUAUUAACUGGAAUGAAUGGCCUGCUUUAAUGGAGUGUGGGCUGAGACUCUGCUUCACAACACACUGCUGUCAGCCAAGCGCAGAGAGGAAGCCACAGGCUUUUAAAGAGGCUUCGGAUGAAGUGAGGAUGGUGCAUGGUUCACUGUACAAAUCUUCUGAGAUCAGAUUUCUUCAUUUAAGUCAAGAGAUGAGUCUGCUGGAAAAGAGUUUUCCCCAUUUGUCCACGAGAAACCACUUAGAAUCUCUUAGACAGUGGCAGCGAUGUUACCGCAGUGAGGUAAGCUGCCCAAUCUGCCUCCAGGCUACUACUUGCCCCGUAGAAACCAACUGUGGACAUUUAUUUUGUGGUUCCUGUCUGAUUGAAUACUGGAAACAUGGACCUUGGCUAGAAGCAAUCAGCUGCCCACUCUGCAGACAGAAAGUCAUUCUUUUGUACAACAUGCCUUGUGAAAAUCAGCCCGACAAGCCGAGCAAACAAACUGUGUAUGACAUCAGAGAUUACAACAAACGUUUCUCAGGACAGCCUAGGCCUUUCACAGAUUAUCUUUAUGACAUGCCGCUUCUCAUCAACCUGGCCGUACGAGGGAUCUUCACACUGGGCGGUUUGGUGUGGAUCUUCUUCCUCAGAGUUGUCAUCUGUUGUUUUGGAACCUUCAUGUGCUUGACUUCUUCGUUGGAUCUGAUGCCAGAACCUCUUUGUGGAAUUCUGGGUGUGUUUGAUGACCUAGUUGUUGUUUUCCUACUUUUAAUCUGUAUGAUAAACAUUUGCUCUCAGAUGGAAUCAGAAGGGGCGAACAUGACGAGCUCCACAACGCAAAACAUUUUGUUGGAAUCAUAACGGGCUGAAGCGCCGGCUAUUCAUAAUGGGGAAACCAACCAGACAAUGGUGGAUUUUCCUAGUCUCUGGAAGCGACACAGAAUGGCCUUAGCUUUGAAGAAUGCUAAGGGUUGGUGUGCAGCGCUGGAGUUUAUGGAAGAGCAACAGUUGGGUGGAGGCUGUAACGUUAAUCAUGGAUUAACACCCAACUAUGUCCACAAGCCUCAAGAAGUGCACUGCUGCCAUUCUAAAAUGACAAUUUCGCAUUUGUGGUACUUAAGACUGACUCCUAGAAGGCACAGUGGCCAAGAUCUUAUCCAACUGUUCCACAGCUCAACAACUCAGAUAUGGCUAGAAAACAUGAAGUACAUAUCAACAUGAAAAUACUGUACCGCAACUCUGAUUAAUGUGGAGCCCUCAAAACGACAAAUGAUUUUUUGCACAUCAUUAAAAGACUAUAGCGAGACGAAGACGAACAGGCAGACUUGUGUGUGUUUGGCGCACACAGGGGAAAACGUUGUCUGCUAGAAGGUCCAGUACAGACCUCCAGACUCAGCAGCUUACUGAUCUAAGGUAAUCCUUUGCCAUGUGCAGUAUUACAGAUACAUGUAUAGGGAUUACGGUUUGGAUAUGCUUGCCAAUAGUUGCAACAGUCCUCAUAUUGCCACCCAUUAAUAAAUACUCCUAAAAACUGGCACAAGGGUAUUAGACUGGAUCAGAAAAGGCACCUUGGAGCAGCGUUACCUGAGUCUUUUAGAAAUAAGCAUGCUCUUUGAAAGUCACUUCCUUAUGCUGAGGCUCCCAGUUGUGCUUUGGUUUCAAGGUGGCUUUGUGUACUGUAAGCAGGUUUCAUAUACCGUACAUCCUUAUAGUAACUUAGGACAAAACCAAAUGAAAAUCCAUGCUAUCUGAUAUGAGCACUGACGUCUUGAGCAGGAUGGGGCUAUAUAAAUACAAAGGAAAUAAAAAUGACCAGGAAGUUUACCUCCUCUCGGAGAUCUCUAUGGAAACCUUAGAAUCCCCUUCAAGGUUCCUGCCCCAAGUGCCUCCCAAUGAAGACAAGGCAGGUGACUACAAAGGAGAGGGACUUUUUUGGUACUGACACUUCAGCUGUGGAAUUGCCUCCUCAUAGAGGCUUACCUGGCACCUUCCCUCCUCCAGUGCAGUCAGUACAGUUAAACCUGAAUGAAUAAAGAAGUUGUACAUCCAGGCUUUAAAACUAGGUUUACGCAAGGACGUUUUGUUUUUUGUUUUGCUGUCUUUUAUUGUCUAUGUUUGCUUUUUAAAUUAUGAUUAUAUAUUGUGUUUUGAAUAUAUUGUUGCAAGCCACCUGGAGAAUAUUUAUUGGUGGGCGGCUAUAGAAAUCUAAUAAAUAAAUAACCAAUGAAUAAACUAUGAAUCCAGUUUAUAUGUAGCUUGUUACGUGUUUGCAUGGUGGAAAGGAAUUCGGGUUAGCUGUGCAUAAGAAUGCAUGCAUAUAAAGAUUUAUUGUUUACAGUGUU